UAACUUUUACGUUUUCAUCUUAAAGUGUUGGGCGAUUUCAGCGCCUCAGCGACACUGAUGUUGAACAAUCUGAUUACCCUACCACGGUUCUCGAUCUCUCUCGACAGUGCUCGAUGGUACUCGGUCGUCGUAUGUUCGUGUCGUCACAGUCGAAGUUCAUUCUCGAUCGAAGUAACGUGUGAGAAGCGUCGGUGCGAAAUAGAAAUAAUAAGGGACGGAGGUUCGCGUUAGUGAAGAGAGAAAGAUAAACGAAAGCUCGCUCGUAAGUCAUGGCACGUACCAAGCAGACGGCUCGUAAGUCAACGGGUGGAAAGGCACCCAGGAAGCAGCUCGCUACCAAAGCGGCGCGUAAAAGCGCGCCGUCCACUGGAGGCGUCAAGAAACCUCAUCGUUACAGGCCCGGUACUGUCGCUCUGAGAGAAAUCCGAAGAUACCAAAAGUCUACAGAGUUGCUCAUCAGGAAAUUGCCGUUCCAGCGUCUGGUUCGUGAAAUCGCUCAGGAUUUCAAAACCGAUCUGCGCUUUCAGAGCGCCGCUAUAGGUGCCCUCCAGGAAGCGUCGGAAGCUUACCUGGUCGGCCUGUUCGAAGACACGAAUUUGUGCGCCAUUCACGCCAAACGUGUCACGAUCAUGCCAAAAGAUAUACAACUGGCACGGCGAAUCCGCGGUGAACGUGCUUAAACCGUUCACAAACAAUACACAGAGCGUUCUCAUUUUAUUAUCAUUUGGAUAUUGUAUGUUUCUAAACAAUCUAAAAUUUUUCUUGACUCUCUUCCGUGUAUAUUUAUCAUAGUUAACACACUGCCAACUGCUGUAAUAGAUAUCUGGAAAAGACGAAUAACAAGUGAUUAGACUUUCUAACUCGAUCAAAGGAUUCACGAUUCAUACAAUGUUUAAAAAAAAAUCACUGGUUAAAAAAAAAAUUUGUUUUGCCUUUAAUAUGAAAAUUGUAGAAACAGUAAUUAGUUCUUUUAUAUCUGGAUUAGCAGAAAUGAAACACAGCAACGUAGCUUAGAUUUCAUGUUAUAGA